UGUGCGCAUAGCAGUCGUGUCAUCGGGAAAAGCGCUGUACCCGGGCGAGAAGAACAGGAAAAGCCAAGACCAUUGUUUUCGCCUCGGGCAUACAGGCACAGUGUGGACAGUCGAUUAAUUGAAUCUGAUUUUGAAGAGAGGAGAAAACUGUAUACUGUAACCUGAACUGUUGGUUUUACUGCCAUAGAUUAAAUGUUGAAUCGUGUUAUUUAAUACGUAAUGCUCAACCAGACCCUCAUGUGAGGGUUUAGAAUGGAAACAACCCUCUACCCUGCUAAUGCGCUGAAUAGUCGAGGGAUUUCAAGCCUUUAUUCGUACAACAGCAUGAUGAAGAAAGACAUGAGUUUAAACCUGGACGACGAAAGCUCCAAUCUGAAACCGAAUCUCAGGGACGCAGACGGAAUUCUGAACUCCCCGGACUUAGGACUCUUGAAAUUGGCGACUCCGGACCUUGAACGAUUGAUUAUCCAAUCGAAUGGAGUUACCACGACCCCAACCUCUCAGUUUCUGUAUCCAAAGUCAGCCAGCGACGAACAGGAAUUCGCGGAAGGCUUCGUGAAAGCGCUUGAGGAUCUUCACAAGCAGAAUCAGCUAAGCGAGGGGACUUGCGCCCCGGAGAGACUGGACCUCAUCGGUUCCAACGCAGCCCCGGUAGGCUUGCCAUCAGAUCUGCCAGUGUACACGACUUUAAACGGCUAUGGAAAUAGCCCACUGGGCACCACGGUGAAUUAUUCGACAGAUACCAUUCCAUUCCCGCCGCCACCUCAUCUGAUGAGCGCUCAUCAACAGGCUGCUGCGGCGGCGCUGUCUCGGCUCCAGGCGUUGAAGGACGAGCCGCAGACGGUCCCUGACAUGCAGUGUUUUGGAGACAGCCCGCCGUUGUCUCCUAUUGACAUGGACAACCAGGAACGCAUCAAAGCAGAGAGGAAAAAGCUGCGAAACAGAAUAGCAGCGUCCAAGUGCCGCAAAAGAAAACUGGAGAGAAUAUCCCGUCUUGAAGACAAGGUCAAAAACCUGAAGACUCAGAACACUGAACUGGCUUCCACUGCCAGUGUGCUCAGAGAGCAAGUGGCACAGUUGAAACAAAAGGUUCUGAACCACGUGAGUAAUGGAUGUCAACUUCUCCCAAACCAAGUACAAGCAUACUAGAGGAUUGUGUAGGCCUAUCAGGCAACCACCAUCAUUUGGUUAGUUAUCUUCUCACAGGACUUCUGAAGAUAUGGACUACCUGAAACACAGCAGGAUUUUCUAAUAGAAUACAAUUGCUGAAAACCCAUCAGAACUGGAACACUUUUAAAAUGGCUAUGAGCCCUACAUCAUAGCACACACGAAUUGUGCUGCCCUCUUCCGGGGAACAUGCAUAUCAGCUCUCCAAAGGACAAUUCAGUACAUAUAAGGAUAACAUUAUCUGCAUGUAAGCUGGACAAUUUCACUAAUUGCAACUAAACACCAGGAUGUCAUUGAGUGCAUGUCAUCCACCGUGUAAUAUAUGCCUUAGGCUUCUUGUUUACAAGCACUUAUUUACCAAUGACAAAUGUAUAUUUUAUUUACCAAAACGUCUUAUUUUGCAUACGGUCUUAUAUUUUGCAAAUAUGAAUUGUGCAUGUCUUGUAUACGCUCUUGUGUACAGUAAUUAUAUGUUCAUUCCAUGUUGUGCGGUUCAGUGUUUAUUGUCACCAUCCAUGAAUGUAGCCUUCCUUGUUGUUGGCCAUAUGUAGCCAUUUUUAAUGUGAUUUUACCUCUCAAAGCUGUUUAUUAAAUUCAAUGAAUUAUAUAA